UGAACUCAGGCAAGAACCUGUAGAAAACAGUCCACCUGCCUGAGCGUCUGAUUGGUCUGAACUGGCCUGAACGGCCUGAUUUCAGACCAAUCAGACAAGUGCACGAUUGCUGAUGGAUGGCCAAACCCCGCGCGCGCCGUAGUCAAUAUGGUGUCAGCAGCAGCAGUAGCCGAGCUCUAUCUGGUGAACCGAGUAAUCCUCGUGGACCACACUAGAUGGGAAGGCGGCCUCGCCAACCGUACGCGCAUGCGUGGCAUACUCUCCGAGCUGGCUCACUUAGAAUACGGCACGGACACAGCGGCUCAGGCUGAGCAAUCAACAACACCCGAAGCUGAACAGCCUGUUGGGCGAUGGGCAGAACUCCGCAGGAAGUGGGCGGCCUCGAGAGCGACGCGAACCUCUGGCGCCCAGACAACUGCCCGAGCCACCGAUUCCGAUGCGCCUGUAGAGGUCGUGGCGUAACCCAUACCAGCACUUCCGCACGAACCUGCCGCGCUGACUGCAGAAGAAAGGCGAUUCAAGGAGCUCGUAGACAUACGGGAAAGGACUUCGUCGUACUGAUCUGCCCUUUGAGGUUGUUAGAUGUACUUUCUAGAUUGUACAUCUCCAUCAUAGACGACCCAGCCCCCUCUCGACCACUGUAUCUCGACAUCACAUAUCCAUAGAUAACAUAUAGCCUAGUACUUCCCCUCGAUAUCUCAUUCUCGUAUACAGCACGGAUGCCCUCCAUACAUCAAUCCCCCUUCACUACCGACCCAUCCCUCAUAUGAAUUGUAUAGCCUCCCUUUAAGACAGCUCAAAGAUUAGACGCUUCUCACCGGAACUCACUCUUUACACGACAUACACAAUCACCGUGCGGCGGUGAG